AUGAAGGCGCGGAGCACUGGGAGCGGCGGCUUUCGCGCCGCAUACUACACGGACGAGGACUAUUUGUAUAAUGAUGAUGACAUUGACUAUAUUCCGCCUGCGCGGAAGAAGACUGCGCCCAUAGGCGGAGGCGGGAAGGAGCGUCCUGGGCUUCCCAAACGGCCGGCAGCUCAGUCGCCUCCGCCAGGAGCGGGAGCCCAGUCAACUAGCCCGGGCAAGGCCGUAAGAUCACGGCCAACGAAUAACCAGUUAUUGUACAAGGCCUACUUUCGUUGGGCGCACUAUCCGCAUAGGUUAAAGAAUGCAAACCUGCCGGAGGAAACGGAUGCAUGCGCGAGUGUAACAGCGGCUUUUCUUCAGGUCCUACAGAUUAUGCAAACUGCAGAGCAGUUGCGCCAUGGCAACAACAAACGGAACGUGCUUCAGAUUCUGUCAAGUAACACCCGGCGGACAAAGGUCGUGGAGUUGUCCUCCGGAACGCACAGGGUGCCGGAUGAAUUGAAAAAGCACUACUUGUCGGAUGGCGAGGGGGGCCAGUACAGCACGAACCUUGACCGCAAUCGCUAUGGCAACGAUGACAACUACCUAUUUACAGUCAUUCGCUAUGAUCUGGAGUUUUUGGGUUUGUGUCCGUGCAUGGUCGAUGUGGAGAUUAUCGACGCCAAGCAGGGCAACACGUCCAUAAUCGUAUCGGCGGGAACGGAGGCGGAGUGCGCAGGUGCACUUGGGCCUCAAGCGAACGUGGCCGGCGCUGGAGCAGCCGCCGCAGCCGCCGCAGCAGCAGCAGCAGCAGCAGCUGGUGGUGGCUACGGUGGCAGUGGGAGCGUGGCGUGUGUUGGGCAACCCGAUGUUGGAAAUUUACCGCCUUUGUUCGGCUCCGGAGCGUUCCGUGGAGGCGGCGGCGGCGGUGGCCCGCAGCUGGGAGGCGCAAUGGGUCGGGAGAGCCCGAAACGCAGCGGCACCAGCGUCAGCCAGCUGUUUGAUGCGCUGGUGAUGGCUGCGACAGGCGGCGCGGAUGGCGCAGCGGUGGCAGGAGGCCUGGGCGGGGAGCCCCCUGUUACGAGCCCGGCCCACGCGGAUCGGCCGGAUCGGGGCAUGGGAGGCACGGGGGGAAGUGGCAUGGGUGGCAUGGGCGGGCCCCGGUUGCACGGCCCGCCUGGGCGGAAUAAAUCCAAGUUGUGGUCCCUCAAUAACUUGUCGUAUGGAGGCGAAGUAGACAGCCUUCAGAAUGCCCUGGACGCUUUCCGGGAACAGGACGAGAUCGCCUCCGGUGACCCGGCAGCCUUUCUGACCGGCGGCGCAUCUGCGGGUGGUCUGGGUCCAGACGGCAGCCUUCAACGCAGCGACUCGCUGCGUCAGCGGCGUCGUAAGCCGCUGCGAAACAGCUCCAUUCUGGGGCGCCCUGCAAGCAGCGGGGGCGUGGGUCCUCUUGGGUCGAAGUUGGGCAUAAACUUACGGGAAAAGUCAGACGACAAUCUGAAGUUGGCAACGGAUCCGGAUCUCGGGGCUGCAUUGGCGAUCGGUGGCAUGGGCGGCGGGGCCAGCUUUCAGGCGGGGGGAGGGAUACCGCUUGGGCACGGCGCGACGCAGGUCAGCAGCCUGGCGUCGGGCGAGGAUGACAACGACGGCGGCGGCGGUGAUGCAGAUGCGGAAGAUGCGCUAGCGGCCAAAGGCGAGGACCUGGGCGUGGAGGGCGAGGGCGAGGCCGGAGGGGAGGAGGAGCUGCAGGAAGAUGCAGGCGGCGGGGCCGGGGGCCUCGCUGCCGGUGGGGGCGCGGGUCCGACUGCCAGCGGCACGGUUGCGCGGACAUCCGCUCUGCCGCCUGGACGGUCAUCAGUAGCAAACCUUGGCCCGCGUGUCGCGAAUAGCAGCGGUGGCGGCGCAGGCGGCGGUGGCGGUGGGAAUGCUGGCGGCGGCGGCCAGGGCGGCAGUGGGCUGGGGGCGCUGGGUCUCGGUAUGCUAGGUCCCAGUGGUCUGGGGGGUUCAGCGUCGGCCGCAAUUGCUGGCGAGCAGCUGCGGCGGAUGGCAACUGAGCUGGAGGUCAUGCGGCAAGAGAAUCGCACCCUUCGGCAGCAGCUGCAACGCAUGAACAACAGCACCGUCGUCAACGGCGCUGUCGGCAGCGGAGCCGGGGGCAGCGGUUCGCCCAACCUCGCCAGCAAGCAGCAACAGAGCUCCGACAACCAUGCUAGCAACGAUUCCGCACGGUUUCGGAAACUGGAGGCCGAGCUCACCUCCAUGCGUAACGAGCUUCUUGGGCUGAGCAACGCGAAGAAGACGGCGGACGAGGAGAACAAGCAGCUCAAACGUGAGCUGUUGGCCUCCCAGCAGCAUGUUGCUGCGCUGCUCAGCCACGUGCUGGGGACACCGGGUGCUGGGGGCCUGGCGGGCGCGCUCGUGCCGCCGCUUUCAGCCGCGGCCAGCCUUGCUGCCGGUUUGCUGGGUAUCGCGAAUACUCAGACCGGACCCGCUGCUGCAUCGUCGCAUGCCCCGCCGGCAGCGGGCGCGUUCGAUCCCAACUCCUUUGCUGCGCACCUGUUGGCACUGCGCCAGACGGGUCCGGUGCAACAGCACACGCCCUGUGGUGGCGAUGGUGCUGCAGCGAACCAUGGCCACGCCACGGCGGUAUCGGGUGCGGGAGGGCCGGCAGAGGUGAUACUGGCAACCACUGCAGGCGUUGUUGACGCUGCCGCCGGCGGACGGCGAUUGGACCCAGGCGCGGGUAUUAUAGAGCUGGAGCACGGCGCACUGGGUCAGAGCAGGAAGCGGACGGCUGACGAGGCAGGGCUGGCAGUCGCGACCGGCGCCUUGGUUGGCGGAGUUCCGGAGAUAGAAGCCCUAUCCCGACAGGGAGCCGCGGCAGCUGCGCCGCUGUCGACAUCCGCGUCCCCGGACCUGAUGGGCUCUGCUGCUGCUAAGCAGAGGCCCUCUCAACAGCUUCAACAGCUUCAGUCUAUGCCAAGUUUCUCCCCGGCCGUCCCCGCCACCACGUCGCUUACUGCCUUCCAGAGGCCAGCAGACUCGGGCGCAGCUGGGACGCCUGCAGACAGCAACUGCUUUUCGGACGUGGCACAGCUGCUGGCGCUGCCCAACAUUGACAGCGCUUUCACUCCGUCGGAUCUGGCGGCGCCCUUCAGUGGCGGCGGUGCUGGAAUUAGCGGUGCAGCAAUCGCCGCGACAUCAGGAGUACAGGCGCUGGGGUCAGGGUCCGGCUCUGGAACGGCAUCCGUCCCACAGAUGCCUCAGUCGGAGCAUCAAUUGAUGCUGCCUGCGCACUUCGGGAUGCAGCAGCAGCCAGGAGGGCGCAGGUAG